CCAAAGGUGAAGCCUUUAGGAAGAGAACCAGAACCAGAACCACCACCAUUAACGCUCCCUUGUGUGUGAGCUAUUGAGGUUGCCUCCAGAAAAGGGAAGGGAAGCGAGUAGAAAAUGGAGAAAGCUCUGACUAAAGUCAGUAGCUUGAAGGUCGGUCUGGGAAACUCAUGGAUUACCAAGAAAGCCAAGGAGGAGUUCUCUAAUAUCUCUGACGACAUCAAUACUUUCUCAAGUACUGUUGAAGAGAAAGCAAAAUGGAUUUUCAACAAACUAAAAGGCAAGCCACUGAAAAGCUUACCAGAUCUCCUCCGUGACUACAACUUGCCGGCGGGGCUUUUCCCGCAGAACAUAAUCUGCUACGAGUUUGACGAAACCAAUGGUAAGCUGGUGGUGUACUUGCCAUCUGCGUGUGAGGUCAGCUUCAAGGACUCCUCUGUAGUCAGAUAUGCGACUCGAGUCAAAGGGAUUCUCACACGUGGGAAGCUCACAGGAAUUGAGGGAAUGAAAACAAAGGCCAUUGUGUGGGUUAAGGUGACAACUGUGGCAGUUGAAGGUUACAAAUCUGAUAAGGUCUGGUUUACUGCUGGUGUAAAGAAGGCAAGGUCAAAGGAUGUUUAUGAUACGCCUCGCGAUGCUCUCAGAGUAUCGGAAUUCUGAGGUUAUUUUAUUAGGUCUAUGACAGAUUGAGAAUCCUCAUGUCCAUUGUUAUCUAGUUCAUUACAAAAUGAUAUAUUAUACAGUAGGACUUGGCAUCGUCUUUUUUGUUUUGCCAGAAAUGUUGGUACUGGAUAUUUUGAAUUGCUGUUCUGUUCAUUCAUUGAAUGUGAAUUGAGAAGCUCACUGGAGGCAAUCAAAAUUGAAAACCUGAAUUCAUACAACUUUGUUUCUUCCCCCUU